UGCCGGUUCCCCGCGGCGCCUCCCAGAACGAUGCACCUGAUUGUAUGGCCGGGGCCGCCCCAGGAUGUACGCGGCUGGGGCGCGGCAGCAUGCGUGUGGUUGGGAUUAAGGCUGGGACGCAGCAGCAUGUAUUCGUCUUGCGGCUCUUCCCUGGGCAGCUGCGUCGCGUUGGGAGGAGUACUCCCGAGCCUGCAGCGAGGGGCUGCGAGGGCCAGCUUGAGGAGCAGGAGGAAGCGGAGCAGGACGAGGAACGGGAGCACAGGGAGCCGCACGCAAAGAAACACGCGGGCGACUCCGGAAGGCGGGUUCCGCUGCACGGGCAGUCGCUGUCCGCGCAGGGUCGCGCGCGAGUGCCCCAAAGGGCAGGUUCUGCAAGGCGGUGCGCAAUCUGCAGUGUUUGUUGCUCCGCUUCGAAUGUUGCUGCCUCCUUCUAUCUCUAAGUCGG